AUGGCGCUUUUGGCAACCAGUUUGGCCGCACCGGUUCAUACCUGGGCGCUUGGUCUUGACGAACUUGAUGUGUCUUCGGCGUUGAAUGAACGCUUUGUUGGCACCAUUGAACUGCUCGAUGCGCAAGGUUUACAACCUUCGGAAAUCGUUGUGUCGAUGGCGUCACGAGAGGAUUUCGAUCGUGUUGGUGUUGAACGAUUUUUCUAUCUCACGAAUCUGAAAUUCAAUGUCGAAAACGAAAAUGGUACAGCGAUCGUCAAGGUAUCCAGCACGCAGCCAAUUGCGGAACCUUAUCUCAAUUUUAUCGUUGAAGUGCUCUGGCCUCGCGGUCGUCUGCUGAAAGAAUAUACUGUUCUUUUAGAUCCACCGACGUUCAGCCAGGCAGCAGCCCCAACUGUGCAGACGCCGUCACAAGCAGCGCCUAGCGUUGCCCAGCAGCCUGCACAACAACCUGCCAGCGCAGGGACUCGCGUAGAUCUGCAACCACGCAGCAGUCGUCCGCCCGCGCCACGCGCUCCGGUGGAUGGCUUGAUGACGACACGCGACGACACGUUGUGGAAAAUAGCCUCACGGACGCUGCCUUCAGACCGGGUCAGUGUGAAUCAACAGAUGCUGGCUAUUCAGCGUAAAAAUCCGCAAGCGUUCAUGCGUGGCAAUAUCAACUUACUGAAAGCCGGCUAUGUGCUGGAUAUACCCAGUGAAGAUGAAGCCCUGGGCGUAAAUACCGCGGCUGCGACUCAGGAAGUGGCCGCGCAAACUCAGGCCUGGCGUUCCGGUGAUGACAACGAACAACUGGCCAGCAACACACCUGCAGCAACGCCGUUAGAGGAUCAGCAGCCACAACUGCGUUCAGCCGUCGAUGCAACCCAGACAACCGCUCAGAAUAAUACGGUCGCAGAUCAGGGGCAGGGCCAGGUGCGUAUCCUGGCAAGCAGUGGUGAACUGGCAAGCGGCACCGCCAGUGGCGAAGACCCAAGCGUGAAUGUCCUGAUCGGCGAAAAAGAGACCUUGAGCCGUCAGGUCGACGAACUCACUUACCAGUUAGAUCGCGAAAAAGAAAUCGCUGCGAAUGAAGUCACCGUGAGAGAUCGACAGCUUGAAGUCAAAAACCAGGAACUGGCCGCCAUGGCAGAGCGCCUGCGCGAACUGGAAGAACAAGCGGCUCAAGCGCCCCAGAAACAAAAUCAAAGUCCCAACACAAGCAGCCCCGAUACGCCCUGGUGGAUGUCACCUAUGGUGUUGUUUGGUGUCAUUGUGCUUUUGAUAUUGUUUCUUGUUGUUGUCCUCAUUCGCCUGCGCAGCGCACGCGCGGAGCAGGAAGCAUUCGAAAAUGAGUUCUUCGACGAGCCCGUAGACGACCAGAGCGCAGCAGUUGAAGUAGAAGAAGAGCAGUCCAGCGACUACGAAGAAGAGGCCGAAGACAACGCGGCCAGCGGUGCAGUCGAACCAUUUAUUGGCGAUCUGGAUGAUGUUGAAGACGUUGAGGAGCUGGAUCAUCUGGCGCUCGACGAGGAACAGUCCGACAGCGACGCCGCUGCAACGCAGCCCUCAGCAGACAGUACCCAGAACGAAGCCGGAAAAACUGGAGAUGCCAUCGGCGAAGCAGAAAUAUACAUUGCCUACGGCCGUUAUGGUCAGGCAGCAAAUUUGCUUACCAGCGUGUUGAACAGCGAACCAGAACGUUGGGAUGUCAGGCUGAAACUGCUUGAAGUGUUUGUUGAAUCUUCCGAUGAAGCAGCCUUCUCUGAACAGGCGCAAUACAUCCUUGACCAUUGUGACGAUGAAGAAGUCCUGAUGGCCUGUCGCGACCUUGAAGCGCAGUUUGACAGCAGUAUCGUUAAUCUCAGCGACGACGAUGCUGCUGAAGACGCUCAAAAUUCCAGCGACGAUGACGUUCUGGAACUUGAUCUUGACGAGCUUGACAGCUCGGAAACGUCAUCAUCAGCCCAAGACCCGUUAACUGACCUGUCGGCGCAAACCGAAUCAGACGACAUGCUCGACGACGCGGACACCGCUGAAGAAAAUCCAGACAUAGAAUUCGAACUUGAAUUUGAUGAUACCGACGACGUCAUCACGAACGAUACAACCGAUGACGACAAAGGGGCUGGUGACGAACUGGGAGGAGACCUGGGCAUUGAUUUUGACCCAGAUCGUACGCCACUAGACGAAGCUGUAGCUACUUCAGCCGAUGACGCUGUUGAACUGGAACUGGAUCUGGACGACCAGGAAACCGAGAAUGAGCCAGAGCUGGAUUUUACAAGUGAAACGCCGGAUACAGGCGAUGACUUCGAAUUCGACAAUCCAGAAGAGGGUGAUAUCAACGCUACCAAGCUUGACCUUGCUGAGGCCUAUAUCGAUAUGGGUGAUGAAGACGGCGCGCAGGAUAUCCUCAAAGAAGUGAUCGAAGAGGGCAGCUCUGAACAACAGCAGAAAGCUGAGGAUGGCCUGCUAGCGGCUGAUAUUCAGGCAGUCAUCGUGACCUCCUAUGUCAUUGGCGUCACCUACAAUGGCGCCCCUUAUCGCGGCUGGCAGCGGCAGGUGCAGCAAAAUACCGUCCAGGGUGAAAUCGAAGCCGCUUUGCGGCGUAUUGCUAACGAUUCUGUCACUCUCAGCGUGGCCGGCAGAACGGAUGCCGGCGUACACGCAACGGGCCAGGUUGCUGCCUUUUCCACUGCAACACAACGCUCGCUUCACGACUGGCAUCGUGGUUUGAACGCACUCACCUCCGACAGUAUUCACAUCGAUUGGAUACAGGUUGCCAAGAAGGCAUUUCACCCUCGGUACAGUGCAACAGCACGUCGCUACGUUUAUGUUUAUCAUGAUGUCGGCUAUUCGCAUCCACACCUGCAAGGUCAGGUUUGGGGAUGCGGGCCCCUUGACGCGGAUGCCAUGCACCGCGCCGGGCAGCGUCUGAUUGGAGAACAUGACUUCACCAGUUUUCGCGGCUCGGGCUGUCAAUCGAUCACACCCCUGCGGCGGGUCAACCUGUUACAGGUGAGACGCCAGGGAGAAUUUGUGCUGCUGGACAUUGAAGCCAACGCGUUCCUUCUGCAUAUGGUACGCAAUAUUGCGCGUGCUCUGCACGAUGUGGGCGCCGCACGCCAUACUGGUAAUGCCGUUACGCCGAACAGUCCUGCAGACUGGCUGGCCCUUAAAGACAGAUCUGUUGUUGGUGCCACAGCACCGCCAUCCGGCCUCUACCUGACUGCCGUAUCCUAUCCAGGUUACGAUCUUCCACCGGCCGAAGCCAAGCGCUACACAACAGCGUGGGCACUCAUGUUGGAUACCUUUGUCGAUGGUCAACCCGGCAGUAAUUAUGCUCAGCCUGGUGACAACGGCUUAUUUGGCGAAUACGGUGGACGUUACGUCGCCGAAACGUUAACCCAUGCCCUCGAUCAGCUCGCCGAGCUGUACGAGCAGGUCCGCCAUGAUCCGGAAUUCCAGCAGGAACUUCACGAAGACCUUACUGAUUACGUUGGGCGUCCAACCCCAUUGUAUUUUGCCAAGCGACUAACAGCAGAACUCGGCGGCGCGAAAGUCUAUCUUAAACGCGAAGAUCUGAAUCACACCGGGGCACAUAAAAUCUGCAAUACGAUUGGUCAGGCGCUGCUGGCGAAAAGAAUGGGCAAGCCACGGGUCAUUGCUGAAACAGGUGCUGGUCAGCACGGUGUUGCCACGGCAACGGUAGCGGCCCGUCUGGGCCUGAAGUGUGACGUGUACAUGGGUGCAGAAGACGUCGAGCGCCAGAGCCUUAACGUCUAUCGUAUGAAAUUAUUAGGCGCAAACGUCAUUCCCGUACAUUCAGGUUCAAAAACGCUGAAGGAUGCCCUCAACGAAGCCAUGCGAGACUGGGUGACCAACGUGGAUGACACCCAUUACAUCAUCGGCACAGUUGCCGGCCCACACCCUUUCCCGAUGCUGGUGCGUGACUUUGCUUCCAUUAUUGGCUCUGAAGCACGUGCGCAGAUUCUGGCAAAGGAAGGCCGGCUACCUGACGUGGCGGUUGCCUGCGUAGGUGGAGGCUCAAAUGCCAUGGGCCUGUUUUACCCGUUUAUUGAUGACCUCGACGUCGAACUGGUUGGGGUUGAAGCUGGCGGACGAGGUAUUGAGACAGGCGCUCACGCUGCGCCACUGAAUGACGGUAAAGUUGGGGUACUGCACGGCAAUCGCACGUAUCUGAUGGCGGACGCCGACGGCCAGAUCGCACAAACCCACUCAAUAUCCGCGGGCCUGGAUUAUCCUGGCGUAGGGCCAGAGCACUCUCACCUCAAAGACAUUGGACGCGCCCGCUACGAUAGCGCCACCGAUGAUGAGACGAUGGCCGCGUUCCGCAUACUCAACCGCACUGAAGGUAUUCUCGCUGCUCUUGAGUCCAGUCACGCCAUUGCCUGGGUGGUCAAGAAUGCACCCAGCAUGGACCCGGACGAUAUUAUUCUGGUCAAUUUGUCGGGACGCGGAGACAAAGACAUCAACACAAUCGCGAAACUGGUGGGCGUACCGUUUUCAGACCCGGAGGCUGAAGGGCCCGCCAUUCAGGCGUCCAGUGAGCGGGCACUGCACAACGGCACUACCCUUGUUCGGGUGCUGCAGAUGAUUACCGAAUUCAGACAAACAAACACCCAUACACCAAUAGUACUCAUGGGUUAUCUGAACUCAAUCCUCGCCAUGCCAGAUUUCCCCCAGCGUGCGCAGGAUGCCGGUGUUGAUGGUUUGAUUAUGGUUAAUUUACCCCCGGAGUCAGCGGCUGAGUUACAGCCUCAACUGCAAGCCUGCCAUAUCGACCUGAUAUAUCUGAUUGCACCAACCACAACAGAUGAGCGCGCGCGCUUUAUCCUGCAGAACGCCUCAGGUUUCGUUUACUACGUUUCGCUGAAAGGCAUUACAGGUGCAGACAAUCUCGACACGGAGUCCGUGUCUGCCCGUCUGGCCCAGCUCAGGCAACAUACCGAUUUGCCCCUGUGUGUUGGUUUUGGAAUCAAAACCCCGGAAACAGCAGAAGCCGUUGCCACGUUUGCCGAUGGCGUUGUUAUUGGCAGCGCACUUGUGAAUCUGUUAGCAGAGCAUGCUGACAACGUCGAAGCGGGGGCCACAGCGCUCAAGCAGGCAGCACAGGCUUACAUUGCUGAACAGCACUGGCAGACCAUUGAUAUGGGCCUGCAGCGUAUGCAAACCAUGGUUGCACGCUUAAACCUGCAGCAGCCCGCCGCUAAAAUCAUCACCGUUGCCGGCACCAACGGCAAAGGUUCGACUUGUUAUGCCGCUGAGGCAAUGUUGCUGCAGGCUGGCUUAUCUGUCGGCACAACGUUGUCUCCUCAUGUCAGCCGUUUCAACGAGCGUGUACGCAUCAAUGGUGAACAGGCAGACGAUGCUUUUUUAUGUGCAGCAUUCACAGCCAUUGAUGCGCAACGUCAGGAUUUACCGUUAACCUAUUUUGAGUUCAGCGCGCUGGCUGCGUUGUGGUGUUUCAAACAAUCCAAUGUGGAUGUAUGCAUUCUUGAAAUCGGCUUAGGCGGUCGCCUGGACGCCUUCAACGUGAUUGACGCUGAUAUUGCCGUUAUCACCAGCAUCGGACUGGAUCACCAGCAGUUCCUUGGUGAAACGCGAGAAGCCAUUGGUACUGAAAAAGCCGGCAUUCUGCGCCAGGAACAACAGGUUGUGCUGGGUCCGGAUAUGCCUGAUUCGGUUCUGCUGGCCGCUGCGCAACUGGGAUUGGAACCCAUUGUGUUGGGCCGCACAUGGCAGGUCAGGCCCAACGCUGGUGAAGCGACCUGGGCGCUGUACGAAAACGAACAAUGCCGCCUGAACGCGCAACCGUACCACCAGUGUUCGCCGCAGAAUCUUGUGAUUGCUUACCUGGCUACCCGCUCCCUGACCCGGUCUCCUGUGUCAGUCAUCGCCAGAGUUAAUCCAGUUCUACAGAUGCCGGGAAGAAUGCAACAGCUGUUUCACCAGGGUCGACGAAUUGUGCUCGAUGUCGCGCAUAACCCUGCUGCUGCGACAUUCCUCGCCCGGGAGAUGGCCCAGCGCAACUGGCGGCCGAAGCUGAUAGUGUGCGGCAUGCUGCGGGACAAAGACCAUGCGGGUGUUUAUGAAGCCAUUGCCGCCCGGACUGAUGCGCCCUGGCUGCUACUGGACACGGAUGGCGAGCGCGGUCUGUCAGCGGUUGAUCUGCACAGGCGAUUACCGCCAGCAUCACACGCUGAGCCGAUACAGUGGGACAACUUGAUCUCCGAACUAAGUACCGCAACGCAAAGCGGAGAUGUUAUCCUUGCCUUUGGCUCUUUUGAUCUGGUUGCUCGGGUCAAUGAGCUGAUAAAUAUUAACGCCCUCGCAGAAUUUGACGAUGUUGUACCGGUAACUGAUGUGGUAGAGCGUGUUGAAGCCUUGCGCGAAGAGGUAGAUGAAGACGGUUUCGAUACAUCAAGCGAGACGCGUUUCGGUGAACCUACACUGGCCCGAGCCACUGAACAGACGCGGGUAUGGGCGGUCCAAGCUGCAAGCUUUGCCAGCAAAGACAACGCCCUGGCUUUCCAGCAGAGCCUGCGCGAAGCGGGCUAUGAAGCGUUUACCUCCACCGUUCGGGGCAGUCGCAGCGGGGAAGAGUUGGUCAGGGUGGCAGUGGGGCCGCUGCUCAAUUUAAAUGAAGCGCAGACCAUUCAAAAGCAAAUAGAAAAUCGUUUAGAUAUUGUCAUCGCUACUGUGGUGCUGUUGUCAGCCGUCAUCGGCCUUAUACGUGGUCUGAUGAAAGAGGUGCUGUCACUGGCAGCCUGGGUAGUGGCGUUUGUGGUGGCCAUGUACUUUUCUCCUUUUGUCGCCCUCAAUCUGCCGGCAUCCUGGGGCGCCGAAUCAGUACGCAUGGUGAUCGCCUUCGCCUGUCUGUUUAUCGCCAGUCUUAUUGUUGCCGGGAUAUUGCAGUGGUUGAUCGCCAAGCUGGUGGAAACAACCGGGUUGACCGGCACCGAUCGUUUUCUUGGCUUUCUGUUUGGCAGCGCACGCGGACUGUUGGUGGCCAUUGUCAUGCUGAUGAUUUUGCGCGAGAUUGGCAGCGAUACCGGGUGGUGGCAGGCUUCAAUUCUACAGGAGCAAUUGCUGGCCUUCGAAGGUGAUGUACGCAAUCUGUUGCAACAGGCAAAGGAUCUUGCGCGUGACGGUCCAGUCAACCAGGCGAUCUAUGAUGCGCUGACUGUAUUACAACACCGCGGCCAGGACGCUGCAGGUAUGGUCACCAGCGACGGCAAUAAGCUGCAUCUGCGCAAGGCCAACGGCCUGGUGCGGGAUGUGUUCCGACAGGAACAUAUGCAGUUGUUAAACGGCAACAUCGGUAUUGGUCACGUCAGAUAUCCAACCGCCGGCUCUUCAAGUUCCGCAGAAGCUCAGCCAAUGUACGUGAACUCUCCCUACGGAAUAACCCUGGCGCACAACGGCAAUCUGACAAAUGCCGAUCAGCUCAAGGCUGAUCUGUUUGCCGAAGAUCUUCGCCACAUCAAUACCGCAAGCGACUCAGAAGUGCUGCUCAAUGUACUGGCGCACGAACUCCAGCAGCAGCGCGCUCUGGACCCAACCCCAAACGAAAUUUUCAAAGCCGUUGCCGGCGUGCACAAACGCUGUCGAGGUGCAUACGCGGCGGUAGCCAUGAUCAUCGGCUGCGGAGUAUUGGGGUUUCGCGACCCCUACGGCAUCCGCCCCCUGGUGUAUGGCGAACGUCAAACAGAGCAGGGCACGGAGUACAUGCUUGCUUCGGAAUCCGUUGCGCUGGAUCUGCAGGGUUACACACUGCUGGGCAGUGUUGCGCCGGGCGAAGCAAUUUUUAUCACAUCCGAUGGACACAUACACCGCCAGGUAUGCGCAGAAAAAACACAAUUGGUGCCCUGUAUUUUUGAGCAUGUUUACCUGGCCCGUCCAGAUUCAAUCAUGGACGACAUUUCAGUAUAUAAAAGCCGACUGCGCAUGGGUGAACACCUCGCCGCAAGGAUCAUUGAACACUACGGUCAGCAUACGCAUGAUAUUGAUGUUGUGAUCCCGAUACCGGAUACCGGACGAACAGCCGCGCUACCGCUGGCGCACCAGCUGGACGUGAAGUUUCGCGAAGGAUUUGUAAAAAAUCGUUAUAUCGGGCGCACGUUCAUCAUGCCGGGACAACAGGAGCGGAAAAAAUCUGUGCGCCAGAAGCUCAACGUCAUCGAGCUUGAAUUUCGCGACAAAAACGUACUGCUGGUAGACGAUUCUAUUGUGCGCGGCACCACCACACAGCAGAUCAUUCAAAUGGCGCGUGAUGCCGGGGCCCGCAAGGUGUACAUGGCCUCAGCAGCGCCGGCUUUGCGCUAUCAGAACGUAUAUGGCAUCGAUAUGCCCGCGCGUCAGGAAUUUGUCGCUAACGAACGCAGUGACGAAGAAGUUGCCAAAAUCAUUGGUGCUGACUGGCUUGUGUACCAGGACAUCAAUGACCUGAAAAACAGCGCACGGGAAGGCAAUCCAGCGGUUGAUGACUUUGAAUGUUCCGCUUUCGACGGCCAUUACGUGACUGGUGACAUAGAUGCUGACUACCUUAGCCAGUUAUCCUUAGCACGAAGUGACCAGAAUAAGCAGCGCAGUGACGCCCAACUCAACCCAGACGCACUGAAUACAGUUUUACUGGGCAAGGAGCAGCAGAUCAAGCUGAGCCUGGCCUGCCUUUUUGCGGGCGGUCAUCUACUCAUUGAAGACCUGCCUGGCAUGGGCAAGACCCUGUUGUCCCACGCCCUGGCAAAAACGCUGGGAUUGUCUUACAACCGCAUCCAGUUCACUUCAGAUGUUCUGCCUUCAGACAUCAUCGGCGCAACUAUCUUUGAUAAACAGAGUAAUUCAUUCCGUUUUAUUGAAGGUCCGCUUUUUGCGCAACUGGUGCUGGCUGACGAAAUCAAUCGAGCAACGCCAAAAAGUCAGAGCGCGUUGCUUGAAGCGAUGGAAGAAAGACAGGUCACUAACGAUGGCGUUUCGAUGCCGCUGCCAUCUCCUUUUUUUGUUAUCGCAACCCAGAAUCCAUCUACCCAAUCCGGUACCUUUGCUUUACCCGAAUCUCAGCUGGACCGUUUUCUCAUGCGUAUUGAAUUGGGAUACCCUGAGCCUGCAGCGGAACGUGAGCUGUUAAUGCAUGGCGACCGGCGUACGCACCUGAACACUCUGGCUGCCAUAAUCAGCCCGGCAGAACUGAGUAAUAUUCAGGCAGCGGUAAGGGCCAUCAAAGCCUCAGAACCCGUGAUUGACUAUGUGCAGCGCAUCAUUGCGUUCAGCCGUCUCGGCAGCGAGUUUGCUUUUGGCUUAUCGCCCCGUGGAGCGCUGGCGCUGUUGCAAAGCGCCAAAGCCUGGGCAUUGAUCAACGAUCGCAGUCACGUUGUACCAGAAGACGUACAGGCCGUACUGCCCAGUGUGGUGGAACAUCGCCUGCGUGAAUCGGCCGACUUUACCGGCCAUGGCGGUGGCGCGCUCGCCCAGAAACUAUUAGGUUUUGCAUUUGCGGGCUUGUUGCUGAUGCUGAUUCUGGGCGCCAUCAAUUACCAGAACUCCCUCGUUUACGCCACAGCUUUCCUGUUAGGCAGCAUGUUUGUGAUUACCAUUCUAUACACCUUCAGAAACCUGUCUGGACUGUCGAUAGAGAUGGCGGACAGCCACAGUGGCUUUGUGGGUGAACAUAUUGAAUUCUCCGUGCGUGUUGAACGACCCAAGGGUCGCGGCCGCGAAGGUAUUCAGAUUGGCUGGCCGAACGGUUACAAACAGUGGGUGGAAAUAUUUGAUACUCAGGCCAGUGUUGUGUCGCUCUACGUUACCGCAGAUAAAAGAGGGUGGCUGCGACCGGGGCGCAUGCUGGUAGAAACUUACUUUCCGCUCGGACUGCUGCGCGCCUGGACCUGGGUCGACAUCAACGCGCGCGGCCUGGUGUAUCCCAAACCCAUUUUUUCCGACAGCCCCCAAUCCCACAGUGGCAGUCACCGCGACGACGGCGUUCUGAUUGACCCUCUGGGCAGCGACGAUUUUGUUGACCUGCGCGGCUAUGUACCUGGCGAUCCGAUCAGGAACAUUCUCUGGCGCUCUUACGCGCGUUCAGACGAGUUGGUUGUAAAGCGCUACGCCAGCUAUCAGGAACCCCGCCUGUGGUUCGAUUUUGACCAGCUCAGCGGCGACGUCGAAGAGAAACUCAGCCGGUUGGCCUGGGACAACUGCACCUUGAUCAGGUUUUACGGGAACUGGCCCUGUUUGGUCAUAGUGAUAUUGAGCAACCCGGUGAUGGGUAAGCAACCCAUAACACCUGGCAAAAACGCGCCCCAGGUAGGCAUGGCGUAUCAGAUACCGCGCAACUCCCUGGCGCUGCUGAUGAUAUCCCAGGUUGUUGUGAUCCUGCCGCUCGCAGUUUAUAUCACACCCUGGAUUAUCGGCGUUGGUCUAUUCAGUGGCUACUGGCGAACACAGGUUUACCGCGGCCGCUGGGGUUAUCCGGCAGGGUGGGUGAAAGCCGUAUUGGUUUUUGCAGGUGUCUUUGGUAUUGCCUUGAGCGGAUAUGGCACCUUCAGUCUGGAGGCGGCAACGUCUCUACUGGUGCUGGCUUUUGCUCUGAAGUUGCUGGAAAUGAAAACCCGGCGUGAUGCCUACCUGGUCAUCUUUUUAAGCUAUUUCCUGAUCGCUACAGCGUUUCUAUUUGACCAGGCCAUCACCAUGGCGGCUUAUCAGGUAUUGGCGGCGGUGAUUAUUACUGCCGCAAUGGUCGGCAUGAACCAACUGCAAAGCAGGGUGCGGCCGCUGGCAUCAAUAAAACUCGCUGCGGCGCUUAUUUUCCAGGCGCUGCCUUUAACAAUUGUGCUGUUUUUGCUGUUUCCGCGUAUCGCGCCGCUGUGGUCUAUACCAAUGCCGUCAUCCGCUACCACAGGGAUCAGUGACAGCAUCAAACCUGGUGACGUUGCUAAUUUAACCAUGUCCAACGAGCUCGCCUUUCGCGCGGUUUUUGAAGACGAGGUACCACCAACUCGUGAACUUUACUGGCGCGGCCUGGUGUACAGCGAGUUUGAUCAAGGGACCUGGACGGUAGGUCGACCAUUGCCACCCAAGGCUGCUCCUCCUGCGCCGGUGGGACCCGGAAUCGGUUACGAGGUCUUCCUGGAACCGACCCAGGCUGAAUGGUUGUUCUCUCUGGAUACACCGGUGGACUAUGAGCCCCGCCUGAAAAUGCUUGGCGACUACCGGCUGAUUAAUCCUGAAUCAAUAUUGUCUGUUAAACGUUACCGUCUGGUCAGUGAUCCGCAGUACAUCCAGGAUCUAGAGCUCCACGGGUUGCUUGAACGCCGCGAAACCAGACUGCCCGACGACGACAACCCACGUAUUCGCGCUUAUGCCCGCGCACUGAGAGCUGAAGUGGGCUCACCGAGUGCAAUGGUUGAGGCUAUGCUUUCGCAGAUUCGUAAUCGAGAUUAUGUUUACACACUGCAGCCGCCAACCCUGAGCAGUAUCAAUAGUGUGGAUGAAUUCUGGUUCGACACACGCAGAGGCUUCUGCACGCAUUACGCAGGCGCGAUGGUAUUUGCUUUGCGAGCGGCAGACAUUCCUGCCCGGAUGGUGGGCGGUUACCAGGGUGGCGAAGUGAACCCCAGAACCGGACACGUCGAAGUUCGCCAGUACCUUGCCCAUGCCUGGGUUGAGGUGUGGAUCGAAGGUGCGGGUUGGACACGAGUCGACCCGACCGCUGCCGUGGCGCCAGCCCGAGUUGAAAAUGGCCUCAACGCUGCGCUUUCUGGUGAAGACCGUGCCGCCUUAUCUUUUCUGACUAACGCCCGCCUCGGAGAGGCUGACCUGCUCAGUAGUGCCCUGCAAUUCUUCGACUCCAUUGAACACCGGUGGAAUUUCUGGGUAGUCGGAUAUGACGCGGCGUCUCAGAGCGGCGUUUUACAAAAACUGUUAGGCAAAGUGACGCCGGCGCGGAUAGGUAUGGCGUUGGCAAUUGGCGGGGGCGUGAGUAUGUUACUGGUUGCCUUGACGCUGUUCUGGCGGCGACGACCCAGCCAGCGUAACCCAGCUGAACGCAGGUUUUUUAAAUUCGCCAGCGCAAUGGCCAGACAGGGCUACGCGCGGGCCCCCAAUGAGACCCCUGCAGCUUAUCUUCGGCGCCUUGCACUGAAAGCGGAACUGGACCCACAGCCUAUGGUGCAAAGGUUACAGAGUUUCAUGUACGACCCAGAAGCCAGUCUCUCAGAUGCCGAACGGCGUCAAAUGCGCCAGGCAUCCCAGCAGCAACAGAUCUGGGCGCGCCUGCAGGGCCUGCGUGACGAAGUUGUGGAACAUACUCUGACCAUCAUCGAUAAAACCUGCUACGACGAACACACCCAGGCGAAACACCUGCAGGAUCUUGCAGCGGUGGAACAACGUUACGAACUGGUUCGCCAUCUGGCAAUUCAGAACAUGCCGCUGUCUGCCGGCGGUUUACAGACAUCUACAGCAACAGAUGAUGCGCUGACCACAUUGCAGGCUAUUGACGGUGAAAUUUAUCGUCGCUCUCUGGCGCACUACGAACAGUUGUUGGACAAGAUGUCACGACUGGCAAGAGAGGAGCUCCGGCAUUUUGAGCAGGUCCUGGAGCUGAUGCGCGGUGAACAGAUCAACUACACAUAUCUGAGUCCAGCUCGUUAUGCGCAACAGCUGCAUAGCCUGGUACGCAAGCAGGAGCCUGGGAAGUUAAUAGAUCUUCUGAUCCUUGGCGCAGUGGUUGAAGCUCGCUCCUGUGAGCGGUUCGUUCGCUUGUUAGAAAUACUACCGGAGCGCAUCGGUGGGCUGUACCGGCAACUGGUGCACUCAGAAGCCAGGCAUUUUCAGGACUAUCUGAGUCUGGCGCGGUCUAUCGCAAAAGAGAAUAUCGAUGAUCGCAUCGAGUCUUUUCUCAGCGAAGAUGCCAACCUGGUUACAACACCUGACCCGGAGUUUCGCUUCCAUAGCGGUGUGCCAGGCUGA